CUUGUAUAACUCGCUCUCACUACGACGUUGCACAGCAAUCGGUUCGGUCGCCAAAAAAUCCACGCUUCACUGCAUUUCCUCGCGCGAUUUGAAAAAAAAAAACGCGAACGAGAUAUCCUUGUCUCGUUAGGUACUUAUCUGUACACUGUAUAUUUACUCGGAUUUUAUAGUUGAACGCGCGCGAGAGCCCCUACGGAAGGCGCCAAGUUCCUCAUUCGAUCAUGAGCAGUAGUGAACCGCAGGUCAAGAAAUCCAAAAUGGUCUCGAGUCUGGAACAGCUGAAGCAAUUGACCACCAUCGUGGCCGAUACGGGCGAUUUCGAAGCAAUGAAAGUCUACAAGCCCACGGAUGCCACGACGAAUCCAUCGUUGAUCCUGUCCGCUGCCGGUAUGGAGCAAUAUCAGCAUCUGAUCGACAAAGCCGUCAAGUACGGCCUGAAGCAUGGAUCCACUGAAGACGAACAGGUCUCGGAAGCGGCCGAUAUGCUGUUCGUGCUGUUCGGGUGCGAAAUCCUGAAGCUGGUGCCGGGACGUGUGUCGACCGAAGUGGACGCCCGGAUAUCGUUCAACAAGGAAGCCUCGGUGGCCAAGGCCCUGAAGCUGAUUCAACUGUACGAGGAACAGGGCAUCAAGCGGGAUCGCGUUCUCAUCAAGUUGGCCUCCACCUGGGAGGGUAUCCAGGCGGCACGUGUCCUGGAACAGGAACACGGAAUCCACUGCAAUCUCACGCUGCUGUUCUCGUUUGCUCAGGCCGUGGCCUGUGCGGAAGCUGGAGUGACGCUCAUCUCUCCCUUCGUUGGGCGCAUUCUGGACUGGUACGUGGCCAACACCGAUAAGAAAUCGUUCGAACCGGAACAGGACCCAGGUGUGGUUUCGGUUACCAAGAUCUACAACUAUUACAAAAAGUUCGGAUACAAAACCGUAGUUAUGGGGGCGUCCUUCCGUAAUACCGGAGAGAUUCGCGCUUUGGCUGGUUGUGAUCUGUUGACCAUCAGUCCAAAACUGCUCGGAGAUCUGGAGAAGAGCGAGGAACCUAUUAAGCGCUAUCUGGACCCCGAGGUGGCUAAGGGUAGCGACCUGGAGAAGAUCACAAUGGACGAGGCCACGUUCCGUUGGAUGCUCAAUGAGGAUCAAAUGUCCACAGACAAGCUGUCGGACGGUAUCCGAAAGUUUGCAGCCGAUGGUCGCAAGCUGGAAUCGAUGCUUCGUGGAUUGGUUCAACAGGCUGCUUAAGGACAAGGUGGAGUUUUUAUCUAGAAGAUUGAUUGAGCAUUUAUAAAAUUCCUAACAUUGGCAGACUUAAAUUCCAUUCCUGUUUUUUCAAUAAAAUUGAUGUACCUUCUUUUUUAAACAA